AUGGCAACCAGCUCUUCACUUGUCACACCACACUGGUUGAAAGACAGGCAAGGCGCUGAGAAAGGCAGAAAUCCUCGCGAGGAAUUCAAGUUGGACCGCAUCCCUGGCAGCCGCUUUUUUGAUGUGGACAAGAUUUCAGACCAAAACACAGACCUGCCACACAUGCUCCCCGCAGAGGAAGCAUUUGCAGCAGCAGCUGACGCACUGGGUAUAGAUAGGGACACACAGGUGGUGAUAUAUGACCGCAGUGGAAUCUUCAGUGCUCCUCGCGUCUGGUGGACCUUCCGUGCCUUUGGCCAUGACAGAGUGGCUGUGCUGGACGGGGGCUACCCUGCCUGGAAGGCAGGAGGCCAUCCACUUGACAGCGAUCCUGUGGAUGAUGGCGCAGUUGACGGUGCAGCGCAAGCAGCUGCAAAUCCUCCUGCAUCGACCAAGUACCCAGCCAAGCUGCAGGAGGGGUUGGUGCGGAGCUUGCAGCAAGUGAGGAGCAAUAUUGACAGCAGAGAGGAGACUGUCAUCGACGCUCGGGGCGCCGGGCGCUUUGCAGGCAAAGAGGCAGAGCCGCGUGCUGGCGUCAGAAGCGGCCACAUCCCCAACUCCUUGAAUGUCCCCUUCACGCAGGUAUUGGAAGGCGGUAAGUUCAAAGAUAACGGUGAGCUAGCGAAGGUGUUUGCCAGUGCCGGGGUGAAUAUUAAGGCACCAAUAGUAGCGUCUUGCGGCACUGGUGUUACUGCAAGCGUGCUGGCUUUGGCGCUGCACCAGGUGUCACCCGCAUCCCAGGUGUCUGUUUAUGACGGAUCAUGGACUGAGUGGGGCGGCUCAGAAGAUACUCCUUUAGCGACCUCAUCUGACUGA